CAGAGAGGAUGUAUGUUCCGCAGUGUGGGAUGCCCUUCGCAAAGCAUUUCUGUGGGCUCUGCUCAGUGUGGAUGCUUCUGUCUUUUCUCUCAGCUGUGAAGACAGAAAGCGCUGUAGUGACGGUUCUUCGGGGAAAGAGCACUACAGUUAACUGUGAUCAUAACAAAACAAGCGAAAAGGAUUUUUUUACAGCAGCUUUGAGCAGAGAACGUUCACUGUGCUCGUAUAUAUAUCAGCAUAAAUCCUGGACAAAGCGACCGUGUGAAGACAACAUCAGAUUUAUUUGGACUCCAGAAACAAAGGAAAUGUCAUUUGAGCUGUUGAAUCUUCAGAUAAAUGAUUCGGGUGUCUAUACGUGUGUGGUGGAGAGACAAAUACCCCCUCCUGUUCAGCAACUGGGAAUUCAGACAGCAUUCGUUCGUGUGAUCGCUCGUCCGGCUGUGUCUACUUCAUGUGUGACGGGGUCAGAUGGAGCUCCCACAAUGCUUUGCAGCUCUGAGGGGUUUUAUCCUGCUGCUCUGGAGCAGGUCUGGAUCAGAGAUGGAGAAAGUAUCACCUCCCCGAACUCUUCACUCAUAAACCGAGAGCAUCUGAACUCUUCUGACGCUCGGUGGAGCUCCAGCAACAACACAGAUGGAUCUUAUAGCCUCACAUCCUUCCUUCACCUGCCACCCACACCUGAACAGGUGAUGUACCACUGCUGGGUGAAUCACUCGUCCCUCAACCAGCCGAUCACUGUUAACAUCUCCUCCACUGAGUGCUAUGGGAAAAACAAGCAGCACAUAAGUGUUAUUUUUAUAAUGGCAGGAAUCAGCUUUGGUGUGUUGACUGGUUUCCUUUUGGCAGCUGCUGUUAACUAUCCAAGCCUCAAAGAAUGCUGUUUCUGCUCUUCUGCUGAAGAGAUUAAAGCAUCUGAAGCUGCUUCACUCUCUCAGGUGGAGUUCCACAUCAUCUCAGCACCUCCACAAAUCAUCUCAGCAUCUUCUCACUGGCUCCUCUCAAUCAUCUACCCCAACAACGCGACCUGAAGCAAAUCAUGACACUGAUAAAUUCUAUAAUCUCCUAUAAUUCCUAUUAAAUUGAUUGAUUAAAGUGAUUGGAAUUUUG